CCCACCCUAUCAACAGAAACCUCCCUCCUCAUCCGCAUCUCCCACAUCGCCCUCCACCCCGGCGCAACCCACAUGAUGCAACUCCUCCCCGCAUGGACCCGGCACUUCCCCGCCGUCCCCGAAACAGACUUCUCAGGAACGGUGGUAUCCACCGGCGCACGCGUACCGCUCGUCCCGCCACCACCCCCGAAUGCGCAUCGCUUCUUCCCGCCCGGCACGGCGGUCUUCGGGUCGAUUUCCGUGGCCCAGCACCUCAGGAACGGCGCCGGCGCGCUGGGCGAGUACCUGAUCGUCGAGAUGGGGGAUGUGGCCCGUAAGCCGGAGGGUGUUUCGUUGGCGGCUGCGGCCGGGUUGGGGGUUUCGGGGGUGACGGCGUUGGCUUUGGUGGAUGUGGUGGAGGGGGUUGUCGGGGGUUUAAAGGGUGGGGAGAGGGUGUUGGUUAAUGGGGCGUGUGGUGGGGUGGGGCAUUUUGUUGCGCAGAUGUUGGCUUCGAGGCCUGAGGUGGUAGUUGUAGGGGGUUGUUCGAGGGAGUCCGGGGAGGUUGCGAGGGAGGUGGGGUGUGUGCAGGUGGUGGAUUAUCGGGGGCUGGAGGGUAGGAUUGAUCAUGAGAACGAGGAGGAGGAGGAGGAGCUAGAGGCGUUUGAUGUCAUUGUCGAUGCGUAUGGGUCGCAGGGUCUGUGGUAUGCGGCGGAACGGUGGUUGAAGCCUGGCCCCGGGCAUGUGUAUGUCUCCGUUGGGCCGGCGUUGGAGGCGUAUACCUUCCGCAGUGCGGUGGGGGUGUUGGUUAAGCAGAUGUUGAAUCGGCUCUUGCCGGUGUGGCUGGGUGGGAUAGACAGACAAUAUCGGCAGGUUACGGCUUGGGUGGAUGCGAAGAGGUUGGAGAGGCUGAGGGUGUUGGCUGAGGAGGGGGUCUUGAAGACGUGGAUUGGCGGUGUUUGGGGGUUCGAGAAUGCGAUUGAGGCAUAUGAGGUCUUAUUGAGUAAGCAUGCGAAGGGCAAAUUGGUCAUUCGUGUUCAGGAU